AAUUAUUUAAAAGAUGAUUAAAACCCUCUUAUUAGCCACGUUGCUUGUAUUUGCAGCUGUGAAGGCUGAAGAUCCAUUCGCUACUGAAGAUUAUGAUGCUGGUCUAAUUGACCUUGGAGAUAGUGAUGAGAUGUUCUACUGGCUUCUCAGAUCUAGAAGAGAUCCAAAGACAGACCCUCUUGUCCUCUGGUUGACAGGCGGUCCAGGAUGCUCAUCUGAAUUGGCUUUGUUCUAUGAAAACGGACCAUGGACUAUCAAUGAUGACUUGUCUUUGAAGAAAAAUGAUUACUCAUGGAAUGAGAUCUCUAACUUGCUCUAUGUUGAUCAGCCUUUGGGAACAGGAUUCAGUAAGACAAAGAAGCCAGAGCAUAUGGCCACUAAUGAAGAUGAAGUUGCUAGUACCUUCUACAAAUUCUUGGUUCUCUUUAUCGAAAAAUUCCCAGAGUACAAGCAAAGACCAUUCUAUAUCACUGGAGAGAGUUAUGCUGGACACUUUAUCCCUGCUAUUACUGCUUAUAUCGUCGAACAAGGAAAUCCAGAUAUUAACAUUGUUGCUUCUGCUAUCGGAAAUGGAUGGGUUGACCCAAUUGUCCAAUAUCCAGAAUACAACAAGUUUGCUUUUGAGAAUAACUUAGUUUCAACCUUCCACAGCUACAUUCUCUCUGCUGCUUACUACGCUUGUACUAGCUUUAUCAAGUUCAACUUCAAGAUGGCUGCCUUCCUUGAAUGUUCAAUUACGACCAACACCAUUCUUGGGGCUCCAAAGCCAGCCUUCAACGUCUAUGAUAUUAGAAUUCCAUGUGAACAUCCUCCACUUUGUUAUGAUAUGGAUAACUUGGACAAGAUCAUUGCUAAGCCAGAGGUUAGGGAAGCCCUCCAAGUCGGAGACAGAUCUUGGACUCAAUGCGAUAUGGAUGUUCACUCAAAACUUACUAAGGAUUGGGUACUCGAUCUCUCACCAAAAGUCAGAUAUGCUCUUGAUCAAGGAGUCGGAUACCUUAUCUAUUCUGGAGAUAAAGAUUUCAUCUGUAAUUGGAGAGGUGGUGAAGCCUGGUCUAACACCAUCGGAUUUGAUGGUCAGGACACAUUCACCUCUUCCACAUACCAGAAAUGGAAUGUUGAUGGUGAAGAAGCCGGAGAGUUCAAGCACCAUGAUGAUUUCACUUUCUUGAGAGUGUUCGAGGCAGGACACAUGGUCCCAAUGGAUCAGCCAAAGAGAUCAUUGGCUAUGCUUCAGAGUUUCAUCGACAGAGAGCUAUAA